AUGUCAAAAGAAAAACUUAUUCCUUACUCUGAUUAUUUCGACGAAUAUACUGUUGAUAUCUAUAAUUAUAAGUAUAAGAAGUGUCUGGAUUUUAUCGAACAAAAUUAUGAUCCUUUGAAGCGCUCAAAGCUUGGCUUUCAGCCAGGUCAAUACUAUACGGAGUAUCCUCGCGCUACUCCGGGUUUCCUUGUCGUGUUAUUACUAUUGUGCUCUAUUAAACAAAGCAUCGAUACUAUACGGCUUGACAAAAAAAUGGAAAAAAAGUGGUUAGCCAACCUUAAUGAAUUAGCAAAAAAUGAAGAAACCGCAGAGCAUGAAUAUCAUGCAUCGCUAAAUGAAGAUGUAAGGAAAGAGAAGACGAUAUACUCCAGCUACCUGUUAGAAUCACGGAGAUCCAAGCACCAAAUUGACAGAGAAGAAGAAAUGACGUCAACCAAAAGGCAAAAAGAUUUAACAAAUGUAUCACUUGAAAAUGAUGGCAGAAGUAAUACUACUAACGUUGCAUAUUCUGGAAAAAUUAUAGAUGAUAGAUCAAUAUUAGAGUCAGCAGAUUCGAAAAUGAAUAAAGGGAAUAAUAAUUUGCAUUCAUCAUCAUCUGCUCCGUCUUCUGACUUUGAUCGUGAAGAAGGUAAUAAAAAACGAACAUUUAAGAUUCUUUAUUCAUGGGAAGAUGCAAUUAAUAAGAUUGAUUUCAAAAAUACUUCUAAAAAGGAUAUUCUUGAAGGUUAUAAUAUCUCUAGUGAGUUUUGGAAUUUUCAACAGUCAACGAUUCAACAAGUCAAAGAAAAGUUGUAUUUAUAUUAUAAACAAGAUAUUCAAAAAAUCCUGGCGAACAGUAAGAGUUCCGCCUCAAACAAGGAAAACAUAAUCAAAUGUAAAAAGCCCAAUUUCAAGCUUAUGAGUAAUAAGGGAGAUGAAAUUCUCUUUGGAGAAGUAAAGCCCAAGGACUCAUUAUCAAUAUCGACAAAAAAAGAUCUAGUCAAGCUUGCUAACUUCCAAGCAGAUGCUUUAAACGAUUUAAUCAAGAAAUACGGAAACAGAAUUGGCAUAAUUUCUUUAGGUGCACGAAUUCGUAUUUAUGAAAUGGAUUUGAAUUACGAUGGAGUAUAUAGGAUGAUUUUAAUUGCAAACGUAAUUACUCCAAUAGAACAUGCACAAUUUUUAAAUUUGGUGCCUGUAUUAGAGGCAUUUUAUAAUAUCAAACAUCGUAUUUCUAAAGUUUUAACGGUAAUCGCUUCCAAUACCCCGCCUAAUUCUCCAUCAUGUUCUACCUACGGUAGAGUGUCCACCCCUUCACCAAAACCUGUCAGAAUUACAAUUGCUGGUCUACGACCAAAUUAA